UUGUUCAAAUAUUUUUGGCCAUAAAAACGUUAAAAGAAGAAAAAUAAAAAGAAAAAAGAGCAAUCUCGAAAGUUGGGAAGAAAAGUUGUAAAAAUUGGGAGGGAAGAAGGGGGUGAUCGAGAAUGCAUCUAAAUACACAUAAAUAGUUAAAGGAACCGGUUGGGAAAGAGGGAAAGGCCAAAGGCCAGAAAAAUAUAUAAAAAUAAAUAUAUAAAAAUAUUUUGCCGAUGUUGAAAGAGGUAAAAAGAAAUUUUUUUUGUUGGAGAAGAGAGGAGGCGAGAGUGAGGUCUGUUGUAGUUGAUGGAAGAGAAGAGGAAAGAGGGGCUCUUGUCGGGAGGAAAAUGAGCCUAAGGAAGAGAGGGGACAAGGACAGAAGGAAUUAAAGGUGUUUUGUAAAGAAAAAGGUUCA